UCUCUCUCUCUCUCUCUCUCUCUCUCUAAAAGUAUGCCCCAAGAUCUUCCUGGGUUUUAUUAUGAUGCGGAGAAGAAUAGGUACUUCCCCAACAAGGGCCCAGUACCCGGUUCUCGUAGUACUGCUGCUGCUGCUGCGGCUUCUUCUAGUGCUCAGCAACUGAACCAGGAAGCCAACAAAUGUAAGCUAACAAAAGUAAGAACUUCUAAGCUGCUUCAGGCUAGGGAGUUAUAUGGUAAUGUCAUUGCUUCCAGUAAAGGGAGGUGCAACUUCAAGGAGGAAUUCCAAAAGGCACAAGCAUCCCAUCCUGUGGUUUGGAAGUAUCAGGGAACAAACAAGCUAGGUGAUGGUGCUUUGGAGCGGAUAAACAUUGAUGUACAGACAGGAGAGGGUUUAACUGGUACAGAUUUUCUCUUAGCAGGUGGCAGAAAUGGCUCUUUAAGUUUAUUUGAAUUCGGAAAAGUCGGGCAGGGUUUUCAUUAUGGGAUGAAAUGCUUGCCAGAUCUUGUCUGGCCUCUCUUAAACAAAAGUCAAGUAGAAUGUAGAAAAGCGCCUGGGCACAUAUGGAGACCAGCUCAAAAUACACCACGGAUGUCAUCGAGUAUAUCUUGUAUAAAAACAUUUGGCAAGCACAGCACAGAAAAUGACGGUUCUAGCAUCCAGAAUGCUCUGGUAUCUACGCUAGGAGCUGAGGACCGUGGUGGAUCACUUUUUGUUAUUAACCUUACUGAACUCUUAGAUUUUCGUCCAAAUAGAUCUAUCUUAAGGCGGAACAUUGAUGAAGUUGCGACUUUCAACUGCACCGUUUGGACAGCAGAUUGUAGAUCUGAUGGGAGUCGUGCAGUGAUUGGAACCAAUCUGGGAGCUGCUUUGGUAGAUCUGGAAACUGGGGUGAAAUCAUGGCUGCUGCGUAGUAAAAGUGAUGUUUUGGCACAACAACUUGUUCACUCGGGAAAUGUUGUUUUAUGUGGACUCAGAAAUGGAGCAAUUGUAACGGUUGAUGUUCGUGAGAAACGGGAAGGAUUUUCUGCAAGACAUGCUAGUCAUAGAAUACGGCACUCACCUUUGGAUAGCACUCCUGGAAAAUCUAGUGAAAAAUGGUUCAAGCUUUCUGGAAAUAUACAUCCUUCUCAUACCAUAAAAAUGCCUUCAUCUAUUGCAUGUUUAGUAUCGCUUCAGUUUGAUGAUCAGUACUUCUUGGCAAGCUCCAUGGACGGAACGGUAAAGCUUUAUGACCAUCGUAUAAUCCAAAGAGGAGCUGUCCAAACUUAUGAGGGGAAUGUGAAUUCCCAUACUCGUUUGCAGCUUGGAGUUGAUCCAUCUGAGCGAUUUUUUAUAUCAGGUGGAGAGGACUGCAAUUUAAGACUUUGGAGUAUAAAGUCAGGCGAACUGCUUUUUGAGGACAAGUUAACAAAUACAGUCACCCCAACUGUGUGCUGGCAAAAAGCUGAAGCGUUUAAAGGAUUGCAGGAUGAAAGGCAAAGCUAUGACAAUGUUAAACAUGAUAGCUUGGGGGCUUGGCUUGGAUCGGCAGAAGGAAUAUUUUACGUGGACUGGGAACUUUGAGUGUGAGUACUGUGGUCGUGUCCUCUAGAAAUUUCUUACAAACAUGCCCAGAGCUCAGCUAUACUUUUUGUAAUUAGGCUUCUGAGUUUUGCAACUCGAUGUAACUAGGCAUGAAGAUUUCCCAAGAGAUGAACCACAAGGGAAUGCUGUUGUCAGCAGGAUCUAAGCAGGAAUGCAAAUGAUCACUUUCAGGUGAGAUGCUCGGGACUCUUCGCCUCGAGAAAAGGAUGUUAAGAUGGUAAAAAAAAACAACUGUUAAAAGUAUGCCAGCUGCUUCCUAGUCUUUUUCUUAAUUGUUUUUAUUUUCUUUUGUAAGAUAAAAGCAGGUAAGUAGUGAGUCUGAACAUUGCAGCUUUCAAUGUGGUAUAUGUGAAAAUUCCCAUUUGAUGAGUUGUGCAAUAUUGGUAUACCCCUUAAUAUCUAAAGAAUGGUGACAAUUUUACUUGUA